AAGGAGAUCAGCCGCGGGUAGUGGCAAUGGCUAACCUUUGCUGUGGGCCCCAGACGAAGGUGAAGAUUUGGGGGGCGGCUAAUCAAAGCCCGGGCUGCUUUUGACAGCCAAAGGCAGAACAUAAAGGCAGGGAGGAGUUUUCCAGGAAACGAAAGCGAAAGAGGCCAAGUUAACUGCCCGGAGUUGUGGGUGGAAGUGGCAGUCCGGGCCGGGCGUUCGGAGCUGAGGAUGGCUGAGCCCCGCCACUUCCCGUUGCUGGUUGAGGGGUCCUGGGGCUCCGAUCCACCGAAGAACUUGAGCACCAAGUUGCAGAUGUACUUCCAGAGCCCGAAAAGAUCGGGAGGCGGGGAGUGUGAGGUCCGCCAGGAGCCCGGGAGCCCGGGCCGAUUCCUGAUACUCUUCUUCCCGAACGACGUUCGGCAGAAAGUUCUGGCGAGAGGGAACCACGAGUUAGUAUUGCCAGGAAAAGGAACAUUCAAGUUAACUCUCCAGUUGCCCACGGCCCCAGAUGACGUCCAUGAUGUCUCUGAGAGGAAAACUCCAACAAAGGAAUCCAAGACCAAAGAACUUGCCAAAGCACCAGAUACGUCGAAAGAACUGGAUUCAGAAAUCUCUCUCGAUAGAAGAUCAGAAAAAAUGGAAGAUAUCCCAAAACACUGUGAAAAUAUUCCCUCUUUGGUUGCAUUUGAAAAUCUCCAAGCAAAUGUGACUGAUAUGAUGUUAAUCUUGUUAGUGGAGAACCUAAGUGGCCUGUCAAGUGAUGAUUUUCAAGUAGAAGUAAUACGAGAUUUUGAUGUUGCCAUAGUUACCUUUCAAAAAUAUAUAGAUACCAUGAAAUUUGUUGAUGAUUGUGUCGACCACCAUUCAGUGAAACAACUUCAACUUUCUCCAAGACUUCUGGAAGUGACAAAAACAAUCAGGGUUGAAAACCUGCCACCUGGUGUUGAUGACUAUAAUUUAAAACAUUUAUUUGAAAAUCCUCAAAAUGGAGGGGGAAGAGUUGCCCAUAUUGAAUAUUUUCCUGAAGAGAGUUCAGCUCUGAUUGAAUUUUUUGACAGAAGAGUGUUAGGCACCAUCAUGACCAAGAAACUUGACUUCAAUAAUAUGCCAUUGUCUGUGUUCCCAUACUAUACUUCUUUGGGCACAGCUUUGUAUGGAAAGGAGAAGCCUCUGAUCAAGCUUCCAGCACCAUUUAGAGAAUCACUGGAUCUUCCUUUACGGAAAUUCUUGUACAAAAAUAAUCACCUGGUUGAAGAGAUAAAUGAAGAAGUGAGACGUUGUCACUGUGAGCUAACAUGGUCCCCACUCAGUGGUGAAGUUACCAUCCGACCUGCAGCCACCUUAGUCAAUCAAGGAAGACUAAAAAUCAAGAACUGGAAGAAGGAUGCUUCCACAGCAUUCUCUGACAUUAGGUCUAGAUAUAAAGUUACGUCAUUUAAAGUGGAUCCAAUAGUGUGGGACACCAUAAAAAACAAGUUAGAAAACGAUAGGAUUUUGAUUGAGUUUGAUACACUUUUGGAGAUUGUAACCUUAGUGGGGAAAUCAGAGGAUGUUCAAGACAUUGAGCCACAAAUCAAGGAAUUAAUAGAAAGCACCACUCAAAAAAUGAAGAGAGAAGAGCAAAGUCUAAAGGCAGAAGUAGCCGUUUCUCCAGCAAAGUAUUCUCUUUUGUGCCACAGCGGUAUACAGAAGCGUUUCCACACGGAGUACCCAGAGAUGGAGAUUUAUUAUGAUGAAGUCACUCAACAUUUGUGCUUGAAAGGAUUCCAUGCAGAUGUGUAUAAAGUAAAGUGUGAAAUCCAGGAAAAGGUGUACACCAUGGCUCAGAAAAACAUUCAGCUUCCGCCUGAGGUUUUCCAGUUUUUGCAACAGGUCGACUGUGCAGAAUUCUCGAAUUCUCUUUUUAUAGCUCAGAAAAUCCUUGCAAUUUAUGAACUAGAGGCUACAACUGUUCUCUUAACCGGCUGUUCUUCUGAAGUCCUAUUAGAAGCUGAAAAGCAAAUGGUCAGUGGCCUGAAUUAUAAGCGCAUAGACAUCGAGGACAGAGGAUUUCUUAAUGGUAAGAAGUGGAAAGACAUCAUUCACAAUUUGCAUAGGAAACGCAAUUCUUCCUCAAAGACUGUAAUAAUCAAUGAAUUAACUUCAGAAACCACAGCUGCGGUCAUCAUUGCAGGCUGUGUGAAAGAAGUAAAUGACAUCUACAGCUUCCUUUUUGACUUUAUAGAAAAAAACAUGAAAAUAGAGAGAUUUAUUGAAGUAAAGCCUACCUUAGUUAUUGAUUAUUUAAAAGCACAGAAGAAGCAAUUCUUGCAAAAGAUAAAGCAGGUAAAUGUUCAGGUAGAUUUCAAUCCUGCCAACAAACAAAAAGGCAUUUUACUGAUUGGCUCAAAGCCUCAAGUCCUGGAGGGAAUGAACAUCCUCAAGCAAGCCAGGGACUCAGUUUGUGUUCAAAGCAUCUGUAUUGAUAAGCCAGGAGCCAGGCAGCUCUUCCAGGCUAAUGAAUGGAAUUUUAAAAAUCAGGUCAGACGGUCAUUUGGUUGUUUUAUGGAACUACAGCAGAAAGAAGAAAAGAAGGAGGGAGGCGGUGCUGAUGGACAGAAGUGCUUCUCCCGGGCAGACUUGGCCCCUGGAGUCUCGCUGAUUGUACAGCAGGGCGAUUUGACCCAGUUUCCUGUCGAAGUGGUGGUGAAUUCGGCAAAUGAGGCUCUCCAGCACAAUGGCGGUCUUUCCGCUGCUCUUUUGAAAGCAGCUGGCCGUGAACUCCAAGCAGACUGUGACCAGAUAGUGAAGAAAAAAGGCAAGAUCCCACCUGGCCGUGCUACCAUCUCGAAAGCAGGAAAGCUCCCCUACCGUCACGUGAUCCAUGCAGUAGGGCCGAAGUGGAAGGGAAGCGAUGCCCAAGAGUGUGUGUUCCUGUUAAAGAGGGCUGUGGAAGAAAGUCUCCAUUUGGCUGAAAAACACCAGUACAGAUCCAUAGCCAUCCCUGCCAUUGGUUCUGGAACCUUUGGCUUUCCUUUACCCCAGUGUGUGAACACCAUUGUUUUGGCCAUCAAGGAAAACUUCCAGUAUAACUGGGAAGGACGCACCUUGAAAGAGGUUUACCUUGUGGAUACAGCUGAGACGACUGUUGAGGCCUUUGCUGAAGCUGUGAAAACUGUAUUUAAAAACACUCUGUCUGAAACUGCUUCCCCGCCCAGUUUACCAGCAGCAGUCCAGCUCAGCUUGAGAAUAGAUCAUGGGAACAGACACAUGCUGUUGUGCCCAGGAGGCCUGAAGAUCCAGUUGUUGAAAGGAGAAGUGCAAAAUGCUACGGCCGAUGUUAUCGUCAACUCCAUUCCCUCAGAUCUUGCACUUAAUAAAGGGCCCCUUUCUCAAGCCCUCUUGGAAAAAGCUGGGCCAAAGCUCCAGGAAGAAUUGAACACAACCGGACAAGGAGUGGCUGUUGAUGUGGGCACAGUUCUCCAAACCAGUGGUUGCAAUCUGCAUUGCCACCUUGUGCUUCAUGCGGUGGCUCCGAGCUGGGAAAAUGGCAGCACAUCUUCACGGAAGAUCAUGGAAGACAUAAUCAGAGAAUGUCUGGCAAUCACUGAAGGAUUGUCCUUAAAAUCAAUUGCAUUUCCAGCCAUAGGAACAGGAAAUUUGGGGUUUCCUAAAACUGUUUUUGCUGAAUUAAUCAUUUCAGAAGUGUUCAAAUUUAGUAGCAAUUAUCAACCAACAACUUUACAAGAGGUUUGCUUUCUCCUGCACCCGAAUGAUCUUGGAAAUAUUCAGGCAUUUUCAGAUGAAUUUGACAGAAGGGCUAAUGGAAAUUUCAUCAGUGACAAAAUCCCCAAGGCUGAAAAUACACAAGGUUCAGCUCAACAGGGCAACAAUAAUUAUAUAAUUACUGAAGGUGGAUUAUUGAAGUGCAAGAAUAUUAUUCAUGUCAUUGGUGGAAAUGAUGUCAAGAAAUCGGUUUCCUAUGUUUUGCAGGAGUGUGAAAAACGGAAUUACUCAUCCAUUUGCCUCCCAGCCAUUGGGACAGUUUUUGCUGAAACAUUUGAAAUUAUUUUAUCUAUAGCAUCUGUUGCACCCCUUUUCAAUUCUUGGUUUGGCUUCUCAAAGCAGUCUCCCAAAAAACAAAAUCCUUUGGUUUUGGAAAAGAAAACAGAAUCAGCAAUUUUUCAGGUGUGUGGUGAAAAUCAAACAUCCGUGGAAUCCGCCCUUUCCUGCAUACAGGAUAUGAUUAAAAAGGAACAGGGUGUUUACACCAGUGAAGAUGAAUGUAUCAAAGACUUUGAUGAAAAGGAACGUCAAGAACUGAUUAAGCUGCAUAAGAAUUUAAAUAUUACCAUUUACUUGUACCCUGAAAGACCUUCGAUUAAGGUUUCAGGAAUUAGCAAAGAUGUGGAACAGGCCAGAAAUGCUAUUGAGGAAAUGAUCAAGAGAGUUCGAUUGGCCAAAGAGCAGGAAUCCAGAGCAGAUUUUAUCAGUGAAUUAAUAGAAUGGCAAUAUAACGACAAUAACACUUUUCAUUGUUUCGACAAAAUGAGCAACCUGAAACUAGAGAAAGCAAGGAAAGAAAAGAAAAAGACAGUCAAUGUGCAAAUUAAUCAGCAGAGCUACACAGUGGACUUGAACACAUACGUUGCGACAAAUGCACAGGGACAUAGUUUACCUGUUCAGCGCCACACCAAAUGCGAAGUUGAGCUCCCUUCGCACUGGAGUGAUAUGAAGCAGCAGGAUGUCAGUCUGGUUGAGCUACAGCCUGGUAAUGCAGAAUAUGACACGGUGGCAAAGGAGUUUAAUCAGACCUGCUCACACUUCAAGAUAAAGAAGAUUGAGAGGAUCCAGAAUCCACGUCUCUGGAGGAGCUACAUGAUACAGAAAAAAGUAAUGGAUGACAAGAAUAAACAUAUUAGAAAUGAGCGGCAGCUUUUCCAUGGGACAGAUGCAGACUCAUUGCCACAUGUCAACCAACUUGGCUUUAACCGCAGUUAUGCUGGAAAGAAUGCUGUGGCAUUUGGAAAGGGAACCUAUUUUGCAGUUAAGGCCAGUUAUUCUGCCCAGGAUACAUACUCCAAGCCAGAUAUAAAUAAGAACAAGCAUAUGUAUUAUGUGCGAGUGCUUACUGGAGUCUACACACGUGGAAAUUCAUCAUUAAUUGUGCCUCCUCCAAAGAACCCUCAAAAUCUUACUGAGCUGUAUGACACUGUCACAGAUCAUGUGAAUAAUCCAAGUUUAUUUGUGGUAUUUUAUGACCACCAGGCUUACCCAGAGUAUCUCAUUACUUUUACACAAUAACAUUUUGGUAUCCUUCACAGAUGACAUUAUUCAUCUACACCUAUCUAGUUGUAAAACGUUUUAGAUUUUUUUUCUCUUAACAGCUUUUUCUAAGUUCAAAAUAUCCUUGCCACUGAAAUCAGAUGUUCUUCAGCUUCUCUAUCAUAACUGGAAUGAACCUAUCUUGAAAGCAAUAAAUUUGAGAAUUUAAAUCAAAUAACUUAGUUACAACUGUGUGUCCACAACCAUGAACAUCAAAUCUGUAGAAGAAAAGAACAGGUUUAUAUUUUCAGGAAGGAGAGAGUAAUAUUCAUCUUAAAAGCAAAAGGC